UGCUGUUUAAACGAUUGAUGUGAACAACUCUGAUAACGUCCUCCUAUUUGUCAAGUGGUGCCGCGCUCUAUACCUACUCUAACGUGAAAUUAAUGGUGAAUUGGUUUCAAAAUCUAACAAGAUUUCAGACUUGAUACAGUUAGUUGUGCAAGGAUAACAUCAUCAUAUUUUCGAGUGAUAUUCCGAAUAGUUUUCUCAUCUGGUCAGCAGACCGAAUUUGAAAAAAAAAACGCGGAAAAAAUGCCAAGUGGCGUCAGAUUGGCUGAUCCCGUCGCACUUGGAAUCACGACUUGUAGUAAUUCUGACGUCAGUUUAAAUAACCCCAACAGUUCGAUCGACACCUUCUCCUGUGCAAAGCCCCUGGACCUAGCAACCAAUACUAAAAUUGCUUUGAAUGAAUCUUUCACCUCGUCGGACGACAGCGUGAAAAUGGGCUGCUCGGAGAAUAUCGACUCGUCAAGUUGUAGCUCCAGCCCAAUCACCCGAGACUCUCCAACCGAUUUAAGUCAAAAGGAAUCAUCAUCAGGUCUCUCCAAUCAGCAACAGCACAUGUUACCAGUUCGAGACGACCGGGAAGGCAUCAGCAGUCCAUCAGUUAACCACAACUUAUUCUUUUCCCGCUCAGUCGAUCGAAUUUCACCGAUCGAAGGCUCUCUGCCUGGAUUCCGAUCUUACAGUGCCAAUCACGAUCCUCCUGAAUUCCAGUCUAUGCAUUCCGCUCUGCAGAUCUGUUCGCCGCAACAUGGUCUCCCGAGUUUCCACUACAUUCCGCGAUUAACGUCUUUCCCGUUGGCGCCUACUUCUUCCAAACAUCCGAUGGCUCUUUCGUCCCCGGUUGUCGUACCGCCGGCCACCACUCAGAAGUUGGGCAAAACCGUCGAAGCAUUUGAUAUUUCCUCGAAGGUAAAUCAGCACGUGCGUCCCGUAGAGAUUUCCAAGUCGCCGUCGCUGCUGUUGGAACCGGUGAACACUACGCCGACCGAAGAGAAUUCCUCGGUUUCGGCAACACCUCACGGGAUCGAAAACAUUUUGAAUCGACCACUGCCGCGGCCGGCCCUUGUGAUGUCGCCGGUGUCUCAACAGUGCCACCAGCAAUCGUGUUCGAGUAAUACCCCCCAAUUCCAGUCAUCCUUCCUUGGAUUACCAAGGAGCCAAAUAGCGUUGGAUUUCUCGAGCGGAGUCAACAGCAUAGGUCUGCACUCACCGAAUUUCCCAGGAAUUUACUGGCCGACUUUGCAGUCGUUCAUCGAUAACCCUGGACUGCAAACGUUAAGAGACCGUUUAAAAAGAAAUGAUUCUGAAGAACUCAAUUGCCGCUUGGAACAAGAUUCAAAGAAGAAACACACGCGGCCAACCUUUAGCGGCCAACAAAUCUUCGCCCUGGAGAAAACGUUCGAACAGACGAAAUAUUUGGCGGGUCCCGAACGAGCGAAACUUGCCUAUGGACUCAACAUGUCGGAAUCUCAAGUCAAGGUUUGGUUUCAAAAUCGGCGGACAAAGUGGCGUAAGAAACAUGCGGCCGAGUUGGCAACCGCCAAAAAGCGCCAGGAAGAAGCCGAGGUUGUGAACGACGACCUCUUUGAUGACGAGGAAAUCUACACUGACGAUUCGGUUGAUGUGAAACAAAAAUGAAUGUGUACGUAAUAUACUUGUCGUAUUAUGCAUAUAUAAAUACGUAUGAUUUAAAAAUCGACAAAUGGUGUGUGCUGAGGGGAUUUUGGAAUGGAUUCAUUAUUUUUGCAAAAUUCGCUUCUUGUCUAAUCUUUUUUAUUAUUAUUUCAUUGCCAAAACCGUACGAUUUCAAACUUCUAAGAAAGAAAAAAACUUAAGAAUACCCAACUGACCAGUUAUGUUCAUUUGUAUUUAAUGUAAUCUGUGAUUGUAGUAGCCCAAUUUUUUUUGUGUUCAUUAUUUUGGAAGUAUACCUAUGCGAAAAUUUGAGUAGUCUGUUAUUACUCACUCGUGUAAAAUGUGCAAAUGUCUAUGUCUACCCACAUAUAGUAAUAAUGUCUUAAAAGCUCUUACAAAUUCUUGUUCUCUUUUUUAAUUGUUAACACGUGAAAUAAAACGUUCAAGAAUCCCUAAAACAGUAAGCUAUUGGGUUUUUUUUAAAUCUGCAUU